ACAAGAAAUUGAAAAAUUGAUUCAAGCUAAAUUCACACCCAAAAUUUAACUCAAACUCGGCUUUUUUAAUUCCUUUUUCUUUUCUUUUCUUUUUUUUGGUUUUUUUUGUUGAUGUAGAGAGAAUUAUAAGGGCAAAUCUUGAAUAUCACCCCUUAAGAGGUUAACCAAUUAGUGUACUUGUUCAUCCACAAACUCAGCUCAAGUAUAAUUUUGUCAACUGUAUAUAGUGCAUAGAUAUAGAGUGAACCAUACAUGAUACGAGCACUAAAGUUUAUUUUUUUUAUUUUUUUUACUGGGCUGCUAUUUAGUCGAUAUUGGACAGGCUGAGUAGUGUAUUUACAUUGGGCCUAUUGGCCUCAUGAAGUUAUUGCUAUUAAAAAAACCAACCAAAAAAAAAUCAAAGGGUUUUGGAAACAAACCAGAAGCCGUUGAAAACGUAAUGAAAAACUUAAUUGACUUAUUGUACUUCCAUUAUCAACAGUAAUGCUGAAAACUAUUCCAUAAAAAGGGUUUCAUUUUCUUGAGGUCAAACAAACAACUAAGCUGAAAUACUCCCAUUUUAUCCACUUCAUAAACAACAAUAUCACCUCAUUUCUCUGAAUCUUUGUACCACUUUUUCCAGAUUUGUUAAUCAACUCCAAAAACCCACCAAAAAUCCACCCUUUAUUCCUCUAAUUUCUGCAAAUUCAACCUGGGUUUCGAAUCUUUGAACAAGAAUGAGCUGUUGAUCAAAGGGGUUUUCGCCGUUUACGGUGAACAGAACAUUAAGUGUAAGUAUACGAUAACGAAAACUUUGAGAGCAACAACAACCUUAGUUGAGUAUGAAUAGAGGAGGGUCAGAAGGGGUUUCGCCGUUUACAGUGUCGCAGUGGCAAGAAUUGGAGCAUCAAGCUUUGAUCUAUAAGUAUUUAAUUGCUGGACUUUCUGUACCACCAGAUCUAGUUCUUCCUAUUCAAAAUAGCUUCGGAACUUCUUCUUCUGCAUUUUUCCAUCGCCCUACUUUGGGAUAUUGUGGUAGAGAAAAUUCUUUGUAUGGCAUUGGAAUUGGGAUUGGUUAUGGAAAGAAGAUAGAUCCGGAACCGGGUAGAUGUAGAAGAACUGAUGGUAAGAAAUGGCGGUGUGCCAAAGAAGCCUACCCGGACUCUAAGUAUUGCGAGCGCCACAUGAACCGUGGCCGCAGCCGUUCAAGAAAGCAUGUGGAAUCCAAUCCUUUCUCCUCCUCUUCGUCGACGACGACUUCUGUGUCUGUUCUAAACCAGAGCCUUCCCCUCAAAUUCAAUGCAUUUGCAUCUGCUAGUAAUGCUGCUGCACCGACUUCAAAUCCAAAUCAAUCACAAUUUCAAUUGGAUUCUAUCCCUUAUGCCAUUCCUACCAAACAAUACUCCAGGCACCUCCAGGGGUCAAAACCUGAGGCUGGUGAUAAUAGAUCCUUCUCUCAAUGCUCAGGUGGCAACAGAUCUCUCAUUAUGGACUCUGCUUUGGACAAUACGUGGCCCUCACUGUCACCCCAGAUGUCAUCACUCUCUCAAUCAAAACCGAUGGAUAAUUCCUCAUUGCAUGACGAUUAUUCUCACCGCUCUUUUAUCAACUGUGAGUUUGGCCAACCGCAGUCUGUGAAACAAGGCAAUCGUUCUCUUCACCCUUUCUUUGAGGAGUGGCCAAAUACCAGGGAGGCAUGGUCGGGUUUGGAAGAUGAAAGGGCCAACCAGGUUUCUUUCUCCACAACACAGCUCUCCAUUUCUGUACCAAUGACUACUACGGACUUCUCAGCCAGUCCACGAUCCCCUCAAGGUGAAGUUACAUUAUUUAUAAAAUGAAUGGAAAUGUUAUCAUCUUCUGAAAUCUGCAUGACUUUUUUUUCAUGCAGAAUCUUGAAGUAAGCUGUGGUUUUGCCAAGCCAACACAAAAUUUGGCUUUGCUUUGAAGCUCUUGGUUUUCUUGCUUCUCUCUAAGUUGUGUAGUUGAUACUGAUAAUAUGAGAAAGCCUUUUAACACAACUAUGGUGUGAAGUAAAGAUGCUAGGCAUGCAUGGAUAAGGGGAAACUCAGCUGGAGGGGCUUGAAACUGAAGAUGGAAUAAAAUUUUGUUCUGGAAUCGUCUCCGUUUGGAAGCAGCAUCCAAGGGUGCAGAAGCACAUAUGUGUAGUUAUCAAACUUGUUGACUUUAUUUGGAUCGCUUAUAUUUAUGCUUUUUAGAGUCUGCAAUAUUUGUUUCUGGUCACAUUAAGAGGUUUUCAUGGAUUCUUUGCUAGACAUGCAACUGUUUUGAUCGUUGGCAAAUAUUGUUAUGCCUUUUGCUAUUGAAGAUUUUAUCUCAUGUUUGCUAAGAUUUCAGUUAAACGACUAAAUAUGUUUUUUUUUUUUUUUUUACUAAAUAAUUGUGUCUAGCUGUCUUGUUAUUUUGAACUUUAAACUUUCAAGAAAUUGCACCAAA